UUUUCUUUGAAGGUGAAGAUGUACAAUUGCAAACUUACAUAUUUCAAUAUGAGAGGAAGAGCCGAACUGGCACGAUAUAUUUUUGCAUAUGCAGGUAUGAAAUAUGAAGAUAUACGAGUAGAAUGGAAAGACUGGCCUGAAAUUAAGCAAACUAUUCCAUUUGAAAAACUUCCUAUAAUGGAAGUGGAUGGCAUAAUCAUUCCUCAGAGCCUUGCAAUUGCAAGAUAUCUUGCUAAGGAAACAGGAUUAGCUGGUGCUACCAAUCUGGAAGAAGCUCAAACAGAUGCAUUAGUGGACUGCAUGAAUGACUUCACAAUUAUGAUCCCUUGGAAUGAAAAGAAUAAAGAAGUUAAGGAAAACAAAAUAGAAGAGCUUUUCCUAAUUCACAGUCCAGUACUGAUGAAAAAUUUAACAAAGGCUCUUGGAGAGAAGACGUGGCUUGUUGGAGAGUCAGUUACAUGGGCCGACUUUUACUGGGAAAUUUGUUUUACCACACUGAACAAACUGAAGGAGAAUUCGCAGAAGAAUAUACUCAACUGAUAUUUCUGAAAGACAGAGUCAAAGCCAUUCCUGAAAUUGCUGAAUGGAUUAAAAGAGGCCCUCAACUGAAUUUUAAAAUGUCUAUGAAGAACCAGAGUUAUUCUUAAUCCAUGGCAUUUGCUGU